CAACGCCUCCUCUUCGUGUGUGAGUAAGAAAAACCAGCUACUUGUAACUUCUUCUCCCCGAUAUUCCUUCUGUAUUUCUCCUGUCUUGAGCCGUCGCGGCCUUUUUCUAAUUACUUCCGAUCGGCUAUGGAGUUCUUCCACAAUGCCAAGGCCGUGCGUCUCCGUAGCCACCACGACAAGUACCUCCACGCUGACGAUGAUGAGGAAUCUGUCUCCCAAGACCGAAACGGAUUCUCCAAGAACGCUAGAUGGACUGUCGAGUCUGUCCCUGGAUCCGACAACAUAAUCCGCCUCAAGUCUUGCUAUGGUAAGUACCUCACCGCUUCUAACCAGCCUUUUCUUCUCGGCAUGACUGGUCGGAAGGUCCUCCAGACUUUGCCCAGGAGGCUUGAUUCCUCGCUUGAGUGGGAGCCCAUCAGGGAAGGGGCGCAGGUUAAGCUCAAGACGCGUUAUGGAAACUUCUUGAGAGCCAACGGAGGACUCCCGCCUUGGAGGAAUUCUUUGACUCAUGAUAUUCCUUGUAGAAUUGCUACUCAGGAUUGGGUUCUUUGGGAUGUUGAUAUUGUUGAGAUUCAAGUGAGGCCUUCGCAUCAAGAGAAACCCGAGCCGCAGCCCAUCUCUCAUUCAGAUUCUUGGGAUUUCGAUUCCAGUUCGCCCUCUUCCAUCUCCACCAAAUCUGGCACUUUCUCUAGACAAGAGUCGACUGAUUCUUAUAUGGGUUCGCCUCCUAAAUCUGAGGGAAGAACUAUAUACUAUCACGUGGCGGAUGAGAGUGGGGAUGUAGAUGAAGAUAUUAUGGAGGCUUACUCAUUGCAUUUUAAGGGAAAUGGGGUUGAUGGGUUGACUCAGAAAUUAAGGGAAGAGACAGGUCUUCAGGAUAUUAUUGUCUGUUCUCGUAGUCCUUUGAAUGGAAAGCUUUAUCCACUUCGAUUGCAGCUUCCUCCAAACAAUGCUGAUAUGCAUGUCUUUGUUAUCCAGUCAUCGUCCAAAGGUACACAUUUAUUUAUUUAUUGCUUCAAUUUUAUUUAUUUUGUGGUGUAUGUAGCCUGAUUUUCACGAUUUGGUGAAUAGAUGAUGAGUAAUUUAGCCUUGCACAUCUCUUUACCUGAAUUCUGCUCCUCUGUUUUGACUGCUUUGAACGACAACUGCAUGUAAAUCAAUAUGUUCUUGCAUAUUAACUAUGGAUUUAAUUAGAAAACUUGCACCCUUUACAACUGUUGCCGGUUUUACCUCUUGCAAACUUAUUUACUAAUUGUGGCUUUCGAUUCUAUUAUAAAAAUUAUAGUUUUGGGCACAGAGCUAUGGAAAUUUGAAUUUUCACUGGCUGCAUGUUUAGGAAUCUUUUUUUCUUGGUACGUCAGAAAUGGCAUUUAUGAUCUUGAUCAAGUUGGAGAAAUGUAUCUUCUACUAAGAAACUGUAAAGUGGAAUAUUGCAUUUCAUUUCAAUCGAAUGGUUCUUUUUGCCUAGUGGGAGAUAUGUUUACAUCGGUUGUAGGAUGUAGGAACUUGAUGUUAAGUAAUAAAUAUACAGUUGAAUCGUUAACAUUGCAAUCCGAUGAACUACAAGGUGAGCCUUCUGAACCAAAAUCUGUUGAAAAUCUCUGUUAGCUGGUCAUUAGCUUCUCUGAAAUUGGGUAAGUUGUCCAGUGUAAUCUCUAAUAUCUCGUCUGUUCCGCUUGCAAAAAUACGUGCCUUGUACAGUUGUUGAGUUUUAAUUCAUAUUUGACACAAUAUGGAUUCCUUGUUGUUUUUGUUUGGAAGUGUUUUCUCAACUUAUUCUCUUCUGGUGUAACAGUUGCCAGAGAUUUUGCAAAACAAGGAAUCGCAUUAUGACAAGCAAUGGAGGACAGACAUGACAGUUCUGUCACGUUCGAAAUUAUAUCCUCUGUACAUUCCAUCGAGUCCUCUUAUCAUCAAGUUGAAAGCACCAACAACCUAUGAAUCGCGACUGCAUGAUGGUGGUGAUGCUCCUUGCCUCCAUCGAUAAUGCAUUACAAUUUCCCUCUACUUGGAACAUAAUUUCAAUAGAUUUGUUUAUUUUAAUUUUAAUUUUUUUUAGUAGAAGCCCUUUUACAGCUCCGGUUGGUUUAAAGCCUUUUUAUUAGGCCUGUAUUGUUUUGGUUGAAGAGUGGAAGCAUUUUAGUUGCAUCUAGUUGUGAAAGGGUGGCUUAUAUGGUUGAGGAUUACUUUGUUUGGAAGAUUUAUAAACUAUAUGGGAGUUUUUGAGUUUUA